GGUGAACGAUGCUGAUGAUGAUUUAUGAUACCUUUCGCUUUUUUCCAUCUAAAUGAACGCAAACAUGCCAUAACCUCAACACCGUACCCAUACCCAGUUCGUUUAUUCCCUUUCUCCACUCUUCACCAACACACAUAUAUCUUCCUCUUCCAACUCCUCAGGCAAAUCAAAACACAGAAGAAGAAGAAGAAGAAGAAUGAAGGAGGAGUUCGUGGUUCAAGAAGCGUACGUGUUCGAAGAAGAGACACACCUCACAGUCCUCAAAACCUCUCUCUUCUUCAGCGGUGAUGGCUUCGCCGUCUACGAUUGCAAGGGCCAACUCGUCUUUCGCUUAGACACCUAUGGACCCCACGCGCGUGAUAAGGACGAACUCGUUCUCAUGGAUUCCCAUGGCCGUUCUCUUCUCACCCUUCGCAAAAAGAAACCGAGUCUUCAUCAACGGUGGGAAGGGUUCAAAGGGGAGAGAACGGACGGUGAUAAGCCCAUGUUCAGCGUGAAGAGAUCGUCCAUCAUCGGACGGUCACGGACGAGCAUCGCCGUGGAGGUGUACGAUAACCCCGGUGUGGAGUACCUAAUCGAAGGGUGCUUCCCGCAGCGGUGCUGUAAGAUUUUCAACGGCGCGAAGGAAUUAGUGGCUGAGAUUCGUCGGAAAGUAGACCCCACUACUAGCGUUAUGCUUGGGAAGGAAGUGUUCUGGCUUUGCGUUAAGCCCGGUUUUGAUGGGGCUUUUGCCAUGGGUCUGGUUUUGGUACUUGAUCAGAUCAACGGUGACCAUUUCUUUGAUAACGAGAUCAAGGAGCCUGCCGUGCACCCUGCCGCGCACCCUGCCGCAGAGGAUCGAGGACUUGUUGAUCCCGUUUCAAUUUGAGAUUUGUGUUUAUCUUAAGCUUUUUUCUGACUCAUCUUUGGAGUGUCCCCUCUGCAAAGGUUCCUCCCUGCCCUUCUUUUUCAGACUCAUCUUCCUUUUUCUUUUUCUUUUCUAAAAAGGAAAUAACUAUGAUCUUCUCUGUUCACUGUACAGUUUCUAUACAUAGAAGAUAAUGAUCAUUAAC